AUGUCGGCGACAAACAAGCAGGGCAAGAUGGCCGGUUACAUCAACUACCGGAUGCGCGUCACCUUGAACGAUGGGCGCCAGAUGACCGGCCAGAUGCUGGCUUUCGAUAAGCACAUGAACCUCGUUCUCGCCGAUACGGAGGAAUUCCGCCGAAGCAAGCGCAAGCAAAACAAGCCCGCCGCCCCUGGCGCCUCGUCGUCCACUACGGUCCUUGAGCAGGAGGAAAAGCGAACCCUGGGGUUGACGAUUGUCCGGGGCGCUCACAUCGUUUCCCUUUCCGUUGAGUCCCCGCCGCCCGCAGAUCCCAGUGCGCGUUUGGGCAAGUCGACAGGUGCCGGAAUCACAACGGCACUUGCUGCCGGCCCCGGUGUCGCACGGCCAGCUGGACGUGGUGCGGCUGCUCCGAUCUCUCUCGCCGGUCCUGCUGCCGGUGUUGGAGGUGCUGCCCCUCCUCCUUUCCCAGGCUUCCCUGGUGCUCCCGGCUUCCCUGGGCGCGGUGGCCAAGUCACCCGCUGCGCCGGUGUAAUCCGCACAAGUGUCUUUGAUACCAUUGGUGUGAGUGUUUGCAUCAUGGCAAGCUGGCGGGCUUGUUUGGCUUGGGAGGUCCGUGCGGGAAUCUGGACCCAAAAUUAUUUUCCAAACCCGGUACGCAUGUCCGAUCUCGAAGCCAAACUAUCACCCAUUGAAUCCGCGAACUACGACGAGGGCAACGCCACCACAGUAUUCACCGUCAAAAUGGCCGCUUUCGUCAAAGCAGUAAAUGCGAAAAUUCGGGCACACCCCGUCCUGAACUAUGUCUGCUCGACACAUUUCUGGGGCCCCGUCUCCAAUUUUGGUAUUCCCGUCGCCGCGGUCAUGGACACCCGCAAGAGCCCCGAUCUGAUCUCCGCCCCUAUGACCUUUGCGCUCUGCGUCUACUCGGCAACCUUCAUGCGCUAUGCGCUCGCCGUCACACCCGCGAACUACCUGCUGUUCGCCUGCCACUUUGUCAACGAGGGCGCCCAGCUCACUCAGGGGUACCGCUACCUGCAAUGGACGCGGUGGGGCGGCCGCGAGCAGGCGGCGCUCACCGGCGCCAUCGACGCGGGGAAGGAGAAGGUGGCCGCUGUGGAGGGGAAGGUGCAGGAGAUGGUUGGCAAGAAAUAA